GGCCCAUUUGCAUCAAAAAAAAAAAAAAAAAUCCUAAACUACAGGGUAUAUAAAAUUCACCCCCCUCCCAACCAAACUUGAGAAAGCUCUCAGUUUCCUUCACUCAUACGGAAUUUUGAGGCUCGAAUUGAUCUUCAAACCUUGUUCCAGGUAAUAUUGCUUGAAUCUUUGACAUAGUGAGGAUGACAAUUGGUGAUAGUCAAGAAACUGACAAGAACAUUGAGAUAUGGAAGAUCAAGAAGCUGAUCAAAGCAUUGGAAGCUGCAAGAGGAAAUGGUACCAGCAUGAUAUCAUUGAUCAUUCCCCCUCGUGAUCAAAUAUCUCGUGUGACCAAAAUGCUUGGUGAUGAGUUUGGAACUGCUUCCAAUAUCAAAAGCAGGGUUAAUCGUCAAUCAGUACUUGGUGCCAUCACAUCUGCUCAGCAAAGGCUAAAGCUUUACAACAAAGUGCCUCCCAGUGGACUUGUUCUAUACACAGGUACAAUUAUGACUGAAGACGGGAAGGAAAAGAAAGUUACUAUUGACUUUGAACCUUUCAGGCCUAUCAAUGCAUCUCUUUACCUUUGUGACAACAAGUUCCAUACUGAAGCUCUGAAUGAACUGCUAGAGUCUGAUGACAAAUUUGGUUUUAUCGUGAUGGACGGGAAUGGAACUCUUUUUGGGACCUUGAGUGGCAACACUAGAGAAGUGCUUCACAAAUUUAGUGUUGACUUGCCGAAGAAACAUGGACGAGGUGGUCAGUCUGCACUGCGGUUUGCACGUCUUCGAAUGGAAAAGCGCCAUAAUUAUGUGAGGAAGACGGCGGAACUUGCAACACAGUUCUACAUUAAUCCACAAACCAGCCAGCCUAAUGUUUCUGGGCUCAUACUUGCCGGGUCAGCAGAUUUUAAGACUGAGCUCAGUCAAUCGGACAUGUUUGAUCCUCGCCUCCAGGUAAAGAUACUAAAUGUAGUGGAUGUUUCUUAUGGUGGUGAAAGUGGUUUUAACCAGGCGAUCGAGCUGUCUGCCGAAAUUUUGGCCAAUGUGAAGUUCAUCCAAGAGAAGAAAUUGAUUGGGAAGUACUUUGAGGAAAUAAGUCAGGAUACAGGAAAGUACGUUUUUGGAGUCGAAGAUACGCUGAAAGCUUUGGAGAUGGGUGCAGUUGAGACAUUGAUUGUUUGGGAGAAUUUGGAUAUUACUAGGUUUGUGCUGAAAAAUAGUGCCAGUGGGGAGGUUAUAGUUAAACACUUUAACAAAGAGCAGGAGGCCCAUCAGAGCAACUUCCGGGACUCAGAAACUGGGGCAGAUCUGGAGGUUCAGGAUCAGAUGCCAUUAUUGGAGUGGUUUGCUAAUGAGUAUAAGCAGUUUGGUUGCUCUCUAGAAUUUGUAACCAAUAAAUCACAAGAAGGGUCACAAUUCUGCCGUGGAUUUGGUGGGAUAGGCGGGAUCCUUCGUUACCAAUUGGACAUGCGAUCAUUUGAUGACUACUCUGAUGAUGGUGAAGUCUACGAGGAUUCUGACUAGCAAUUAACCUCCAUUCAUCCAUUACCAGUGGUGGGGAAGGCACCCUUUCCCUGCACUGGUGAACGAGCUGUCGGGGUCAGUUCGGCAGCCGCUGCUGGGUCAACAUGCCGCCAUGUGUCAAAAUUACCAAAUGAGCAAUUUGUUCCAGGUGGAAAUGCAGGUGGUGCUGAUAAGCUACUUCCAGGCUAUGAUGGAAACUGAGUAAGCCGAAUUUCAAGCGUUCUGCUGACGUAAAUUUUCUGUCAGGCGGGAGAACUGAACUGGUGCUUAAUAUCUGUAUUAAGAAGUGGAACACUUUUGGUGCAAUGAAUUCUCUGUCGUUGGUUGAAGGCGUUCUGCAUAGGUCUAUUAUUUAGGGGUUCUCAUGAAGCCUUUUGUAGGCCUUGUCAUCGUGAAGUUCCUUUGUGGAAGGUGGUACUACUAUUUUAGACUAUGCUCAGAUUGAUGUACUGUUUUUAUGUUAUGACUUAUGAAUGUUGUGUGAGAAUGUUUCCUAGACACUAGACAGGCAGGGAGCAUAGGCUCUAUGUCUAUUGUUGGCUUGAAUAAAGUUUUUCUAGACUUUGGUAAUAUGAUGCACCGUUGUAGUCAUGUUAAGGUUUCAGGAGGAAGUAUGUUUACAUAAUGGUUAUGUGCAUCAUUUGCCCAUAACUAGGACAUUUUGAUAAUAAAAUGUAAAGCCCCCUUUCUCUCUUUC